AUGGCGCUCAAGGCCUUCUUCCCCACAUGCUGCGCCUCGGUGGACAGCGGCCUGCUGGUCGGACGGUGGGUCCCGGAGCAGAGCAGCGCCGUGGUCCUGGCCGUGCUGCAGUUCCCCUUCAUCCCCAUCCAGGUCAAGCAUCUCCUGGCCCAGGUGCGGCAGGCCAGCCGGGUGGGUGUGGCCGUGCUGGGCACCUGGUGCCACCACCGGCAGGAGCCGGAGGAGGGCCUGGGCCACUUCCUGGAGGGCCUGGCUGCUGUCUUCUCUCAUGAACCUUGGCUGCAGCUGGGCCGGGAGCGGGGCAGCACUUUCUGGAGCUGCAAGGCCAUCUGGCGGCCCAUGUCCCCCGGUGCCUCCGGCCAGGACCAGGUUAUGCUCAUCUUCUACGACCAGCGCCAGGUGCUGCUGUCCCAGCUGCACCCGCCUGCAGCCCUGCCUGACCGCCAGGCGGGGGACGCGCCGGCCAGUGCCGGGGGGCUGGCCGCUGUCUUUGACACGGUGGCCCGCAGUGAGGCGCUCUUCCGCAGUGACAGGUUCCACGAGGGGCCAGUAAGGCUGAGCCACUGGCAGUCCGAAGGUGUGGAGGCCAGCAUCCUGGUUGAGCUGGCCAAGCAGGCCGCCGGGCCCACCUGCCUGCUGUUCAGCUUCCUGCUGUCGCUCCUCUCAGCUGUGGGCGCUUGCCGGCUGUUCCGGCUGUGGCCAUUGCCCUCCAUCUGCAGUAAGCUGUCCACCUGCAAGCAGGUGCAGCACCGGCUGGAGCACCUGUCACUCAUCUUCAGCACCCGGAAGGCUGAGAACCCCGCCCAGCUGAUGAGGAAGGCCAACGUGUGUGUCUCAGUGUUGCUGGAUGUGGCCCUGGGCCUGGCGCUGCUGACUUGGUUGCACGGGAAGGGCCACAUUGGGCAGCUGGCCGAUGCUCUUGUCCCUGUGGCUGACCGUGUGGCCGAGGAGCUUCAGCACCUGCUGCAGUGGCUGAUGGGCGCACCUGCCGGGCUCAAGAUGAACCGGGCUCUGGACCAGGUGCUAGGCCGCUUUUUCCUCUACCACAUCCACCUGUGGAUCAGCUACAUCCACCUCAUGUCACCCUUCGUUGAGCGGAUCCUGUGGCACGUGGGCCUCUCCGCCUGCCUGGGCCUCACAGUGGCCCUGUCCCUUCUGUCGGACAUCACGGCCCUCCUCACUUUCCACAUCUACUGCUUCUAUGUCUAUGGUGCCAGGCUCUACUCCCUGAAGACCCGUGGCCUGUCCUCCCUCUGGCGCCUCUUCCGAGGGAAGAAGUGGAAUGUGCUGAGGCAGCGUGUGGACUCCUGCUCCUAUGACCUGGACCAGCUCUUCAUUGGGACCCUGCUAUUCACCAUCCUGGUGUUCCUCCUGCCUACCACAGCCUUGUACUACCUGGUGUUCACUCUGCUCCGGCUCCUGGUGGUGACCGUGCAGGGCCUGCUCCAUCUGUUCGUGGACCUCGUCAACUCCCUGCCGCUGUACUCGCUCUGUCUGCGGCUGUGCCGGCCCUACAGGCUUGCUGCUGGUGUGAAGUUCCGGGUCUUAGGGCAUGAAGCUGGCAAGCCACUCCGCCUCCUGAUGCAGAUAAACCCGCUGCCGUACAGCCAUGUGGUGCGCACCUACCGCCUCCCCAGCUGUGGCUGCCGGCCUGGGCUCUCCUGGAGCUCACUGUGCCGCAAGCUCUUCCUCGGGGAGCUUGUCUACCCCUGGAGGCAGAAGGGGGACCGGCAGGACUGA